GUGAAAUGAAGAUCUGUUUGGUUACGUUCUUGGUUGUGGCACUAGCCACUCCCAAACUUAUUUUAGCCAAUGUCGUGGAGCCAAUGUCCCACUGCGUGGAGUGUCCGGAUGAGUUCAAGGGCAAACUCAUCUGCGCCUUCCUCAAUGGCUGCCACUUGGAGAUGGACUACUGCGCCAUGAUGGUGUUCAACUGUGCCCGUAUCCUGCACCGCAAACACAUGUUCCUGGUGAAGAACGAGGGCAUAUGCAAACCAGUUCGGGGAUACAAGUGCGAGUACAUGGACUUCUAAGUUCUGGCGGAGGCACUCCCCAUUUGUUUAUUGAUGUGAUUACAGUUUAAAGUGCUUAAUCUGAGUGAAUGUGUGGUGGUGUGCUUAUUAAAACUUGACAAUGUGUCCGGUGAAGUAGA